CCACCUGCUCCAACCUUCUAUGACGAUCCCAGCCUCAACUACUUAGUAGGGCAGGAACCCAUGAAGACCUGGGACGAGAAACGAAAAGAAUGGCUGAAGCACUACCCAUCGUUCUCAGCAGGGGAGAAUGAUCGGAUUCUGCUACUUACGGGGUCGUAGCCAUCACUGUGCCAAAACCCGAUUGGUGACUACCUGUUGUUGAGGUUCUUCAAGAACAAAGUGGAUUACUGCAGAAUCCACAGAUAUCACAGAUUAUACAACAAUGUGCUGCUCCAGCCGAAGAUGAAGACCUUCUGGGCGAAGAUAUUAGUGGUAAAGGCUGCGAUGUUUGCUCAUACGGAGGUGUAGUGGAUAUGGUGGUUGGACUUCGCCGCAGCAUUCCCGAACAUGGAGUUCAAACUUCAAAUUACCCCUGGACAAAUAUAGGAAGCACAGCAUGGUGGUCCACGAAUGGCCCAAAAGGAUAUCAAAGUUGCCUGGGCGGAAGACAAGAGGCAAGGGGUAGAGUCAAGCUCAGGGUAAAAAUGUCAAAACAU